UCAUACAGCUGUCAAAAACAAAACAAAAGUAGCGGAAUAAUGUAAAUUCAUAUUUAGUGGUAAUUAACAAAUAAAAACAGUCUGAGUAUAAUAUUUUAUUAUUAUUUAAGCUUUUAUUUAGAUAAAUUAAAAUGAAAACUGCCAAAUCGCCAAAAAGUGAGGAGAUUACGCCGUCUAAAAAAGUUUUGAAACAAGCACGUCUUCCAUUCAAGUUAAUAAGUGAUGUUUCUCCUAAAUCUAACACCACGCGACCGAGAAAACGGAAGUUAUCAUCAACAGACACAGAAACUGCAAGCAAAAUCGGUAAAAUAAAAGACCAAAAUAAGGAUACAGAUGUGUGUGUUGUGAUAAGUGAUGAGGAUAGCAAAGACGGUUCGAAGACACAGAACAAAACUCUCAAUCCAUUUGUAAAGAUAGUUGACGUCGCGAGAAAGAAGAAAUUGCAGAAAAAAUCCAUAAAGAAGAAGCCUGUACAAAGUAAGUCCUCUGUGGAAUUGAAUAGUUCUGAAAAAAAUGGUACUACCAAUGACUGUGAAGUCGUUAGUAUAGACACAGACAACGACAGUGUUAGUGCUAUGGAAGACGAUGUUGAUCAAGAUGAAGAAAAAGGUGAGGAAAAAACAGAGUUGUCAAAGAAACAUGAAGAGACUGAAACUUUAAGCUGUAAUGGCAACGAAGCUGAUUUAACAAAGGAUGAGUCUGAUGCUGAAAAGGAAGUCAGUGACCAUGAGGAUGACAAAAAAGAAAGUUCUGUAAAACUGUCAAAAAGAAAUUCUGUAAGCUGUAAUGGCAACGAAGCUGAUUUAAUAAAGGAUGAGUCUGAUGCCGAAAAGGAUGCCAGUGACCAUGAGGAUGACAUACAAGAAAGUUCUGUUAAACCUUCGCCAAAAAGGCAGACAAGGAGCCAAAAAAAUAAUUUAAACUCGUCACAGACUAGCAAGGCUAAUGAAUCUGUCACUUCUAACCCGUCUACUCCAAAACGCACUAACAGGAGCUCCUCGGUCACAAAUAGCAAUGGGGAUACCUCAUUAAACGAAUCAUCUAACACCAAUCUUACACCAAAACAACAACAAAAGAAAUUAGAGUCUGCCAAGAAGAAGGAAGAAAGGGAAAAGGAGAGAUUAGAAAGGGAAAAGAAGAGACAACAAGAGAAAGAGGAGAGAGCUAAACAGAAACAGGAAAAGGAAGAACAAAGGAAACGCGAGAAAGAAGAAAAAGAAGAGGCUAAAAGAAAAGAGAAAGAAGAAAAAGAGAAACAAAAAGAACUUGAGAAAAAGAAAGAAGAAAAAGAGGAACAAAAACGCAAAGAGAGAGAGGAAAAAGAAGAACAAAAGCGCAAAGAAAAAGAGGCAAAGGAAGAGGAGAAAAGAAAGAAACAAGAAGCCUUAGAACUGGAGAAGCUAGAACAAGAACAGAAGAAAAAGAAAGCCGCAGAAGCUUUUGUUAGUUUCUUUGUACCAAAACAAAAAAUUGAGAAGGAUCAGCCUACUGUUAGUAAAAACGAUAGGCUCUCAAGUUUUACGAUAAAGUCUGAUAUGAGAUUAGCACCAACUAUAAGAAGUGAGCUGUCGGACAAUAGAAAGAUAGAGCUGGAAAAUUUGCUGAGCAAACAAUGUGUAGAUAAAAAUAAAUUGUACAUGCACGAGUUAAGAGAAGGAACUAAAAAACCACAGACUAGUGGCAAAACUUGGCCCUUGAGUGAUAAAGAUGAUGAUGAUGUGUUGAUAAUUGAAGAUGAACUGCCCCCUGUAGACACAGCGGGUGAAAUACAAACCUGUGAGCCAGCAAUAAGAGAGAAGCUACGACCGAAACUGUUGUCUUUCCAUGAAAACCGUAGACCACCCUACUGGGGUACAUGGAGAAAGAGGAGUAAAAGUAUAAAACCAACACAGCCAUUUAAAAUGGAUCAGAAACUUCUAGACUAUGACGUCGACAGCGACGAAGAAUGGGAAGAGGAACAGGAGGGAGAGAGUAUAGACGGCAGCGCUGCUGGCAGUGACGAUGAGCCAGAGGAUGAUUAUGAGGUGGACAACGAGGUGUUUGUGCCUCAUGGGUACCUCAGUGAUGAGGAAGCAACAAUGGAUGAUGACGAUGUAAUGUCACUUUCACCAGAAACACAGAAGGCUAAGCUUAAGCAUUUGGAGGAUGAAUUUGAAACACAAUUGAAGAAGCCCACAGAAAAACUGAAACCCCGCAUGUACGGCUUACUUUGGGUUACUGAAGAUGGUGGAAAGCCAGAUAAUUGUGCGGACGUAUUAUGGAACUAUUUUGGCAAAUUGGCUAUGAUUAUGAACGACCCUACACCUCUAUUACAACCGUCCACUGAGCAAGAAGACACAGAGAAAAAGAAGGUGAAAAAGAAGAAGGUUGUAGCAGAAGGUGAGCAACAAGACAGUCCCAAGAAUGAAAAGAAAAAGAAAACAAAAGUAAACGAUAAAGAAGGCAAAAAGCCCAAGGAAGUUAAAAAGACACAGGAACCCAAAAAGAACCAACCUGUUAUUAACUCUUUUUUGACAAAACUUAAUAAUACUACUUAGGAUUUUAGGCAUUUUUAUGUUUAGGUUUAUGUUGUUAGUUAUAAUUGUGUAGCAACUAAAUUGAAAUCAGAUCAAUAGAAAAGUAUUAUGUGAGGUGCUUUUUGUGUUUCAUUACCAAAAAAGUAAUGAAAGCAAGUGGCAAAUAAAUUUUGCCCAUUUUAAGGUCUACCAAAAUAAAUUACUUAUGUACUUACAUAAAAAAUAUUUACUUUGCAAUGGUUAUUUUGGUGUCAACAAAUUUGUUGCUAAUUUUCUCUCUAAAAAUCUCCUUAAUAAGAACUUAAAAUUUUAAUGUUGUAAUUUAAAAGACUUCAAAGUGCCUUAGUUCCUUUUGAAUAUUUCAUUAGGUGCUUAUAGGUUCAUUAGGUAAACACCGUUAUCCUUGAAACCAUCAAAUGAGCCCGUCAAAAUUAACAACUUUUUCUAUGAGAACGCUGGGAACUCAAAAAAAUGCCAUCUUCAUACCCAUGGAUGCCUGGAUCGGCAAUUUGUAUGGGUAUGGGUAUGAAGGAUGGUUUCAAGGAUAACAGUGUUUAAACACUAACACACUGUAGGUAUAAUUGCAGGUUUUCGGACUACUAUUAUAACUAAGUAUCAAUUAUUGUUUUUAUUGUUUUGAAAAUACUUCUACUUAUUGACAACAAAAAAUAUUAUCAGUAGGUAUCUUAAGUAAAGAAUAUUCGUAAUUUAUAUCUCAAACAAUCCUCAAUUUUUAUCUUCUACACAUAUAAUU